GAUUAAUCAAACCGACGACAUGGACGAGAGUCGAGACGACCUUGCAAGUCUCUUUCACGCUGUUUGAUUUCUUCGCCAAAAACGCGCCACUUUCUCCUUUUUCUCGCACUUGAUUAUUUACUAGUCAGAAAACCCGCGUCAUUUUUGUAUCUUUUGUAUCUUUCUGUUCUUCCUCGUCUUUUCUUGUGAUUUUAUUCUUCUACAUUUUAUUUAUUUAUUGUUUUACGUGUUCUUGCGGGCCUUUUACUCUGCAUUUACGCGGUUGUUUCAGUUGUGUUGAAAUUUUUGUAGUUUGUAGAAUUUGAAAUUGGCAUAUUUCACUCGGCGGUCUGUCCUAUAUAUAUACUAUGCAAAAAGCAUAAAAUCCAAGAAAUAAAAUAUUGGAUAAUGCCUAAAACAAUUUAGGUAGUUAAUGGCAUUUCGUUACUAGGUAUAAUGAUCAAUUAUUUGCUUGACUUUUGUGACUUGAGGGUUGUUUAAUUGUUUAAUAAUGAAUUGAAAUUCGAAGUUUCCUAGGUACUUUCAGCAAUUUGGACAUUUUCUAUUUAAGGAGGAAGUUUAAGAUUAGUUGCCUUUAAAGUCUUAAGACAUUGAUUGUUUAAUUAGUUGAGCUUUUAAGGGUAGUGAAUCAAGCCUUCUUGAUGUUAUCGAAACGACUGCUUAGGGAGGGGGGUGAGGAGGGAUCUGACCUUGCAACCGGAGAAUAUAAACGACGGCAUAUAACUGCAAGUGUUUUAAGGGGCACAAGGAAUGGUCUGUCAAUGCAAGAAUAUAUACCCAGAUUGGAGCCCAACAUUCGAAGCGUGGUUCAUGAGGAGGUGGACCGCGUAAUCCAACGGAUACUGAGACCCUCGCAGUGUUCUGGAUCAAGGAACUUGCAGUUGCGUUUUGACAGUAAAUUGCCUUCAACGCUGUUCACAUGCAAUAGGGUGGUAUCUGAGGGGAAAACCCCUGUGAAGAUAGUAUUGUAUGAUUCUAUUUCUGAGAAAAUGAUAACAUCUGGACCCCUAUCUUCAAUAAAGGUCAACCUUAUUGUGGUUGAUGGUGAUUUUCAUUCCGAUGAUCGAGAAGAUUGGCUGGAGGAGGAGUUUAAUCGCAAAAUUGUAAGGAACAGGGAAGGAAGAAGGCCAUUGGUGAAUGGGGACUCAACAGUUUCUUUGCACAAGGGUGUAGGUUAUAUAGGUGAUGUCUAUUUUACAGACAACUCGAGCUGGAUAAGGAGCGGGAAAUUUUGUUUGGGAGCAAAAGCGCAUUUGAGUUCCACAGAAGUAAGAAUCAGAGAAGGAAUAAGCAAAGCCUUCAAAGUAAAAGAUCAUCGUGGAGAAUCAUACCAGAAGCACUAUCCACCAUCCCUGGAUGAUGAAGUUUGGCGCUUGGAAAAGAUCGCUAAAGAUGGUGCAUCCCACAAUAGGUUGGUUGAAUGUGGUAUACGCACUGUGAAAGAUUUCUUAAGGAAAUAUGUUACGGACCAGUGCUCUCUACGUGCUGAACUUCCUAAAAUCUCAAACAAGGCAUGGGAGACAAUCACUAAACAUGCUACAACUUGUAAAUUAGAUAAGAAGUGGUACAAGUAUAAGGAUGCACGAGGGACUGAACUUUUGCUCAAUUCCAUCUACGAGGUUGAAGGAGUUACUUUUGACGGACAAACUUAUCAUUCUUUCGAUAAACUCAAGAUGUAUCAGAUGCAGGCAGUGGAAGAUUUGAAGCAGCAUGCUUAUAAAAACUUGAAAGACUUGAUCCCAAUUGAUGAUCAGUCAGUUGUCAGCUACCAAAUGCUGAUGUCAAAUCCCGAAUCAGCAGACGAUUUUAGCCAUCCUAGCUUGUUUCUUCAGAGUUCUAAUAUCCUCAUUGAACAAGAUCAACUUCAAGGAAAGAUUAAUUCUGCUCAUACAACUUUGCCUCUAUCUAACUGUGAAUUGGGAUGGGAUAAUAGUUCAAUUAAUGUUCCUUUUGGGGAGAGUUCUCUCCAAAUGCAAGGUUUCAGUUCAACAUGGGGAGACCCUUUUGGGAUGAGUAAUUAUCAAAGCGGAUUCUUUGAUGGAGGGCAUACAUGGGCUUCUGGAGUAAACUAUGGGGUCUCACAUCAGUUAAUGGAUGAUCCAUCAACGAGCAGUAAUAUUCAGGUUAAGUCAUCAACAUGGCAAGGGAAUGGAUUGUCUAUUGGUCCAGCCAAUCAUGAUGUUGGUGUCAUUUCUUCAAAUUCGGGAUUCCAUAUGCCCAGAAACAGAAAGCCCAAAACAAGUUGGUGCAAGAUUCUGGCAGUGGUGAAGUGGCGGAUAUUGGCUAGGCAAACUGUGGCUGCUCGAAAAUGGGGAAGCUUCUAUAACUACAUGUAAAAGGAUAUUGGCUAGGCGGAUUGUAGCUGCUCGGGAAUGGAAAAACUUCUACAGCUACAUGUAGAUCUCUUAACUUUUGAUUCUUGGCUAUCACUUCCAAAGUCAGAUGCAAGAUAUAUUUUUUUACCCUUCUGAAAUAGUCGGUUAGGUUCCUAAGUAAGUUUGUAUCCUAAGUGCAUGUUUGGUAUGAUAGUAUUAAACCUUACUGGCCAGUGCAAUAGACAAGAUUUUGCCUUCCUUUCUUCCUUGAUACUGCCCAGUACUUCUAAUCAAACUUGCCAAAUAUGCCAUAAGAUAAUAUUCUUGUUGUUACCAUUUGCUUCAAGUGCAAGAAAGGGAUGUUGUGUGUACAAAGUUCUGGUGGGAUUAUAGUUGUGUCUAGACGAUGCCCUCGGUGAAGUACUUACCUGCCAAAUGAAUGGGAGGUGUGUGUAUUAAGCUUCCUGAUGCUGGCUUAUCUUACUGUGUAUUUUUGCAUUUAGUGCUUGUCAGUUUUCAAAUAAAUGAUGAAAUCUGUUUUAAGUUUAUUCA